GUUAGAAGUAAUAAAGCUGAUGAGCUGAUAAAUAGACGUUUCUCUGGUUGGAAGUCUAAAGUUUCUAAUAAUGCUACUGGUCUGGGGAAGUUGUGGCUUCUGUGGAAGGCAGACAUUAAACUUCAGGUUUUACAUACAACAGAUCAACUUAUCCAUGUUAUGGUUGGGUCAGGAGUUCCAUUCUUUUUCUCUGUCAUCUAUGCAUCAAAUGAGGAGGCUGACAGAAGAUAUCUCUAUUCUGAUUUGGUUAAAUAUCAAGUGGAUUCACUUCCAUGGGCUGUUUUAGGGGACUUCAACGCAAUUGGGGAUCCAAGUGAAGCUUCAAAUCAUCCUCAAGUAUCUAGUAGUAUGACUGAAUUCAAGAAGUGGCAGUAUGACUGUGAGGUGGAAGAGCAUAAGGCCUCAGGGCCAUGGUUUACAUGGAUUAAUAAACAGCAAGGUAAUCCAAUAGCUAGGAGACUUGAUAGAGUUUUUAUAAACACCAAAUGGCUGACUGAAUUACCUUUGAGUACAGUGGAUCUCCUUGAUCCCUCAGUCUCAGAUCAUUGCCCUAUUCUGCUUGACUCUGACUGCUCAGUGAAAUCAUUGCCAAAAAUGUUCAUGGAGUUGGUUAAACAGGCUUGGAGUUCACCAGUAGCUGGUUCUCCUCUGGUUCGAGUAUGUCAGAAGCUGAAGAUCUUGAAGGGAUUACUAAAGAAACUUAAUAUAGAGGUGUUUUCUGAUUUGUCUGCAAGAGUGAAGCUGAAAGCUGCUGAGUUACUUCUGGCUCAGGCAGAAGCUCUUAGCCACCCCUCACCUGUUACAUUUGAGGCUGAGAAUAGACUUUCUAAGGAAGCUAAAGAGUUGAGAGAAGCUGAGGAGUCCUUUUAUAGACAAAAAUCAAGAGAAGUUUGGUUGAAGGAGGGAGAUUCAAAUACUACUUAUUUUUUCAGGUCAGUCAAAAUCAGACAGAAGAGAAAUAUGAUUAGGUCUCUUAUUGAUGAGGCUGGUCUUAGGGUUACCGAUUUGGAGGGUAUGACUAAGAUAGCAGAAGAUUUCUACAUCAAAUUAUUGGGAGAGGAGGAUAAAGAGGUGGUUGCACCUAAGGUAGAUCAGAUUGGAAGUUUACUGUUAAAGAAGCUAAUCCCUGCUCAGGGGGUUGACUUAUGCAAACCAGUCACUGCAGAGGAAGUCAGAGCCACAAUGUUUGGCUUUAAUGGGGACAAAGCCCCUGGCCCAGAUGGAUAUCCAGCUUGCUUCUUCCAGGCAGCUUGGAGUAUUGUGGGAGCUGAGGUAACAAGUGCUAUCUUAUACUGCUUUCAAGUGUCUAAUAUCCCAGUAAGUGUUAACCUCACACUUUUAGCCCUCAUACCUAAAGUUCAUAGCCCAGAAGAAAUGAAGUUUUUUAGACCAAUAGCUUGCUGCAACAUAUUUUAUAAGUGCAUAGCUAAGAUACUUGCAACUAGAUUAAGUGCAGUUAUGCCUUGUGUCAUUAGUGAAUCCCAAACUGCUUUUGUUAAGGGUCGAAUCAUUGGGGAAAACAUUUUGUUGGCUCAUGAACUAGUUCAUAAGUAUGGUAGGAAAAACAUCUCCUCAAGAUCCUUAGUUAAAGUUGAUUUAAUGAAAGCCUUUGACUCUGUAAACUGGGCUUUUCUGUUUAGAGUGCUUGAAGCCAUGGGUUUUCCAAACAAAUUCCUUGACUGGUUGAGAAUGUGUGUUACUACACCAAAGUUCAGUAUUGGUUUUAAUGGUGGGUCAGUAGGUUUCUUCCCAGCCAAGAAAGGUUUGAGGCAGGGGGACCCUCUUUCUCCCUAUCUCUUUGCUGUGGCUAUGGAGGUUUUUUCUUGCUUGAUGCAUAAGGCUGUUACUCAAAAUGCUAUGCCCUUCCACCCAAUGUGCAAAAGAUUGCAGAUUACCCAUUUAAUGUUUGCGGAUGAUCUCUUACUAUUUUCUGAUGGAUCAAAUUUUGGAAUUCAGUGUAUCCAAAAGGUAUUGGAUGAGUUUAGAUACAUGUCUGGAUUGAAAUCAAACCCUUCCAAAUGUGAACUUUACUGUGGAGGUAUUGAUGAUCAAUGGCAGGAGCUGAUGUCUCAGCAUUCAAGGUAUAAGCUGGGGUCACUUCCAGUUAGAUAUUUAGGUCUCCCUUUGCUCCCUGGUAAACUUUCCAUCAAGGCUUGUAAGCCUCUUAUAGACAAAGUUAUGAUUAGAAUCAGUAAUUGGAAGUCAAAAACACUCUCUUAUGCUGGCAAACUUCAACUGGUGAUGUCUGUGCUGUAUAUCCUUGCUCACUUCUGGAUGUCAAUUUUUAUUUUGCCAAAGGCUAUCAUUAAGGCUAUUGAGAAAAUGUGCAGUGAUUUUUUAUGGGGAGUAGGAGAGGGUGCCAGGAGAAAAGCAGUGGUGGCUUGGUCUCGAAUUACAUAUCCCAAACAUGAAGGGGGGCUUGGUCUUAAAGAUAUGUAUACUUGGAACCUUGCUUGUGUGGUUAGACAUAUCUGGGCUGUUCUGCUUAGACAAGGGUCAUUAUGGGUUGCUUGGCUAUGGGAAUAUCGUAUAAAAGGGGGCAAUUUCUGGACUCUUACCUCUAAAGCAGGGUCUUGGUUAUGGCAGAAAGUAUUGAAAAUCAGAGAUAAACUCAGGGGGUGGCUCUCUGUUGCUGAUGAUGGGGUUUAUUGGAAGGGUGCUCUUAUGAAAAAAUUAUGCAUAAGGAAGAUUUGGGAGGAGCUUCGUCCAAAGAAGGGUAAUGUAGCUUGGGGGAAACUGGUUUGGAAAGGAACUAGCAUCCCAAAGAACCAAUUCUUGGUUUGGCUAGUUAUAUAUGACUGUAUCACCAAUGGAGAGAAGGUUCAAAGGUGGGGAGGUUCUGGUGACUUUGGAUGUGCUUUCUGCUCUUGUAGCCUGGAAACAAGGUCUCAUCUUUUUGCUGCUUGCUCUAUGUUUAAACAGCUGUUUGCAGCUUUGUUUUGCAAUUUUGCAGAUCGAGUCCCUGGGGAUCAAUGGGAUGGUGAGCUUCAGUGGGCCUUAAAUGCUUUCAAAGGUUCCACUGUCUUAGCACAAACUGGGAAGCUGAUUUGGCAUGCUCUAAUUGCGUCAAUAUGGAGAGAAAGAUGCUUGAUAAAGUUUGCAGGGAAGAAAACUGAUUUCCAUGCUUUGGUUCAGAGAGUCCAAGGAGAUAUAAGGGUGGUUGGAGAUCCUGUAGUUGUGUGUUUGUUCUUUUGAGUAGUGGAUUGAGUGAUUAAUCUGGUUUUAGUGUACAGGGGCCUGUUAUUCCCUUUGCUCAGCUGGCAGAGAUGUUGCCAGCAUUGUACUUGGUUAUUUGAUGAAAUGAAAUCCCAACCGCUUCAUAAAAAAAAGAGGUAUAGUUUGUAAUGAGAGAAGUUGAUUUUUUACCUCUUCGGAUGAUAAUCGCUCUGGUGCACGUCUUUUUUCUACAGCGCCGUUAAAUUCCUCCUUUUGCUUGUGCUAUUUAUGAUCCAAUGGCAAAAAACGGCGAUGAUCCAU